CAGUUCCUUUUUGGUCCUUUCAGCCGCGGUCGAACCCUUGUACUGUUCACAGGCUAUGGCGGAUUCGGUGGUUUCACUUUACAACCAAGAGGAGAAGAACGAGUGCAGAUCCAGGCUCAUUAAGCACGCCAUAAAAUGUCUGACAACGGAAAGAGAUACAUCGGUUUGUGUAACACCAUAUCAUGUUAUCAAUAUCUGGACGAACCUUCUGAAAACUCAAGAGGCCAUGCAGCAUUUCUCCUUUGAAGAAAGACAAUCCAUAGCGAAUGCAAUUGAAGGAUGGAAAAUUUUCCAUGAAAGUUGUUUACAGAUCAAGACACCUCAAAACCUGCGGGUGUGUUAUCUUGCGGGAGACAACCCCAUGAACGAUCUCCAAGUUCUUGUCGACAACGGCAUCCUCACCCAGAACAUCUGGGCAAUCGAGAAAGAUGCUACAAUGAUAGAGAGCGUGGUUAAAACUAUCAAUCACCAGAGUUUGAAAAAUUUCAAACUCUUCAAAGGUGAUAUAAUAAACUUUCUGAUAGACUUGGAAGGACAGUUUGACAUCAUUUACUACGAUGCGUGCGGCACCCUACCAUCAAAGAAACAGAACACGUUGAAGGUCAUCGGAACCGUGUUCCUGCACAACAAACUUACAUCUCCGGGUGCGCUAAUAACGAACUUUUCGUUUCCGCCUGAACAGGCGUCUGAACAGGACACGAAAAGUUCGUCACCUCAAGGUGAGGAAAGAAAUAGAAUUAUGUUUUUAGCAGAAAGGUAUUUACAGUAUAGAGAAUUAAAUACCCCUGCUUUCCAAGAUAAUAGUGAAAAUUAUGAAAACAUACCGGCCAAUAUUAAUACAAGGACUGCCGAGGAUACCUACAGUGAUUACAUAACCUAUCAAGUCAUUGAUGCAGCCGCUGUCUAUAUCCCUGCCCAAAGAAUGCUCCUUUCAGGCAGGAUGUCACUAUGGGAUCAACUGUAUACGAACAAACUUAAAUUCCUUGAAAAGGUUAAGUUAUAUGACACAGGAAAAGAAUACAGUGAAACUGCCAGUACAUCAUACUUGAGAAAGAUCGGUUCUGCCAUCAUGAUGAUACCAGGAAACGAUCUGUGCAGAAACUGGGUGAAUGAAAUUUUCCCAAACUGGAAGACAUCAUCUCUAAAAAAGGAAGAGAUAUCAUCACUUCUUAUGACUCAUCAUUUAUCAUGUUCAGAAGAGUUCAUUGCGAAAUUUGCCAAUAAAGACUUUCAGGAGAGAUGUCUGCUCAGAGAAGCUCUUGAUCCUGAUACGAAUGGUGCCAUACGUCCCAGUUUUUGUGAUACACUAGAUGCAGCUAGUGCGACCCGUUUGGUUGGUGGCAUUCAGUACGGCCAAUUGGCGAAUCCAUCUUUUCCGGUUGUAGACCAGUUACUACGACUUCGCUACACUGCUAAGAAGAGAACAAUGUUUUCAGAUGUAUUUAUUUUUGAUAAAUGUCGGUAUUUUUAUGACCAAUUUCCUUCUGUUGAUUUUGCAAUUAAUUCUAUCAAGUCAGAACAGCAAAUGUUAAUAAAAAUGAUAGUGAAUGGCUUGAGAACUCAUUUGAGAGAAAUUUGUUAUGACCAGUUUUGUAAUGUUGCUGACUUGCAUGUAAACAGUUUGCAGAUUCCACAACGGCAAAAUGUAUAUGUUGAUUCUCCAGAUCUGUUGCAUGAAGCUGAUUUACAAGAUGCAUUGUGAAGUACAGGUACUUUUAGGAUUUAUGAGUAGCCACAAUUUUUUGAAGUUUCUUUUUAGGGGGCUGUUACUUUUGGAAAUUUACAGUAGUUAGUAGUUAGAGUGUUUGUUCUUUUUUUCAUGACGUGAACCCUAUGAUGAACAUUAACAACAUUACUAAGAUUUUUGACUCUAUUCUCUAGAAUGGCAUAGUGUAUAAGUACACUUGUCUGAAAGCUUUGCUACAUUGAAAUGUAAUAAUAAUUAUUAUGAAUGGUUAAAAUUAUAAUUUCAAUGGUCUGCUUGGUCAGUUUGAGACAA